AUGGUCGAGCACGAUCUUGAAGCCAACGAGGCUGACUGUGAGCUGCCUCCAAUCGGUCUUUGCGAGACCUGCCGUUCUAUAAACAUUCAGGCUCUCGCAAGCUCGCGAGGCUUUAAGCAUCUGGCCGCCGGUUCGGCUCUGCAACAAAGCGCUGAGCGAUGCUCGCUAUGCCAACACUUGGCGCAUUAUACUAAGCAGGCGGCAGGGCUUCAUAACGGGAAACAUUUUGCCGAGGGAUGUACCGUUCGGUUAAAGCUGAAGAGAUAUUGUGCUGAAGUUGCGGGCUCUUCGUUUGGGGCCGUGGCCGAGAUACUGUUCGAUGAUUACAAGCCAGUUCACUUCCAACAUGAUUUUUUUGCAGUUAACACGACCACAAAGGUGGAUCCUGCUAUUGCAUUUGGAGUUCUUCCCAUAAUCCACGUCACAAAGACAAGCUCAAAGAAGUCAUUUGGCACAGCUCGAAGUUGGAUCAACAAUUGCUUGAAAUACCACCCUCAGUGUUCCCAGUCAUUCUUAAAGUCAAACAGCUCAGAUCAGCCUAGAAGACUGGUUGAGUUGCAUCCUGCAUCUUGUCCUAGCCCCAACAAUUCUAUUCGCCUGAUCGAACUUUCUGACACGAGCCGUUGUCCGAAAUACAUCGCCUUGAGCUACUGCUGGGGUUACAGAAAAUCGUAUACAACGACGAAGGACAACGUGGGACUGCACAUGCACCAGAUACCUUAUGCAAAGCUCCCGGCUACACUAAAAGACGCUGUUUUGAUCUGCAAGAAGUUGGGCAUGAAAUAUCUGUGGAUUGAUGCUCUAUGCAUCAUUCAAGACUGCUCCAUUGAUAUAGGCAAUGAAGUUGCCAAAAUGGCAAUGAUUUACCACAAAGCAUGGCUUACAGUAUCUGUCGAUAUCAGCAAGGCGUCAACAGAAGGAUGUUUCAAUGAUGUGAGAAAACGUAAUCUGCUAACCCUCGAGGAUGGUGUUGGUUUCAAGGCGGAAAUAUCUACUGUUCUCGACAAUGGAUCUAAGAGCAGGCUAUGUCUAUUUGCACCUGUGGCUACAUUUUCUAACCCCGAUACUAUUCAAGCCACUGCAUUGACAGCCCGGGCUUGGACUUUUCAGGAGCAAGUAUUGUCUCGUCGUGUCCUACACUACACAGCUUACGGCCUGGUAUGGGAAUGUCGAGCAGGUUUCAUAUCUCAGGACAACAUCUUGCAUUGGGAUCGAAGCGCCGACACUUUGCCCAGGCUACCAAUGAAACUAUCGGCUUUAUCAAAUAUAGAAAUCUUACAUGUCUGGUACAACGAAAUUCUUACCAUGUCAUACUCUCUUCGCAAGUUGACAUUUGCCUCCGAUAAGUUGCCCGCCAUCUCCGCCGUCGCAACCCUUUUCCAACAGCAUCUUCAAUCUCCAUACCUGGCUGGCAUCUGGCUCAAAAAUAUCGAAAUUGGGCUAUCUUGGCAAAUUUUUGGGCGUCCAAAAAGCAAGGACCUAGAAAAUAGCCAUCCAUCUUGGUCUUGGAUAUCGCGGACCGGCAUUGUUACUUGGCCGAUCUCGAAAUAUCACCUUGAUGACGAGUUUAUUACCCUGAUUGAGAUUGAAAGCUUUAACAUAAGUUUAAAGAACCGAGACGUGCCGCUUGGGAGCGUCACAAGUGGUACCCUGGUUAUACUUGGCUCUCUCAAACUUCUCCGGGUGCGAAAGAUUCCAGCUGAAGAUGAGAGAUAUAUCCGGUAUGAAUUGUUCGACGAACGAGCAAGGAGGAAGCUCGGAGAAGCCGUCCUAGAUUUUGACAUUGAGGACGAAAUGGAAUUUCAUUGCUUGGCGUUGUUUUCCAGGGUUUCAAAUUUAUCUUUGGGCUUCUUGGUCUCGUUCUUGUUGUUGUCGCCAAUCUCGGGCAAACCUGGGGUAUAUACACGAAGCGGUGUCGCACAAAUUGAUGAGGUCGGUAGCUGGAAGUCGCUUGGAAGUCACAAAACAAGCAGAAUAACCCUUUCGUAG